AUGGGACAUUUCGACAGGCCUCGAACUUUGACCGAGCAAACUUACAAGCCGCAGGCUGACUUGAGCAGAAGCACCAGCUCCAGAUCGGUCUCUGAGUCCUGCCAUGUCACAGCUCGUCACCGUAGACGAAAAGAGUCCAUGAAUAUGUCUGGUCCAGCGCAAAAAGUCACGAUUAUGAGUGUCAUAAACAUCAGAAGCUGCGGUACAUGCGAUUCCUGCGCAACUAUUUCUCCCGUCUGUGUCUGCAACAUUACUGCUGAAUUCUGCACUCCAGUUCGUCCCGUUCCAUUCAUCCGCCAGACAACUGCAACGUCUGGAAGUUGUUCUACCGGCCCCGUCAACCUCACUUCGGGUCCCGCCGACUUGGAGCGACAUUCACAGACUUCAGGAAGAGGUUCGUCAUGUCGGUACCACGAAAUCUCCACCAUCACCGGAACUGGGACAUAUCGGAACACAAUGUUCUGUCAAGUUUCACUCACACUUUUGCGACUGAAAACCCUUCCGGUCUUUGUCUUUCCGCCAUGCGUCUCUCGUAGACUUUAUUCGAUGCCUCAGUCGGAGAUUAUGCCAAUGCUUCCGGAGCUCCCAAAGAGACCUGAAGGUCGUUUCGCGAUUCUCCUCAAUUGCAAGCAAUAUUUAAUGUACUACUCUUUUCAACACCCUCAGCAGUCACGAACAAAAGAAAAUCUAAAUUUGCCAUUCAACCUGAAGAAGCAUGUAACUGGCCUUGCUGAGUUGACAGGUGAUUCAGAGUUAAUUAAUCCCAGAAUAACAACAACAACCAACUGUCAUUUGCACGCUAUGUCAGAGCUAAGCCUGUUGCCCAGACAACAGAACUGUCCGAAUGUUUAUGGGAUCCAGGCUCGAGCGAGACUGUCCCACGUGCUGAUCGAGAGCGGAAAGAGACAAGAUAAUUUAUGUGAAGUAGCUAGUCCACGUCUUGAUCGUAAAGGUCACAGACCUGAACCAUCCCUCGACAGAAGAUGA